UGCUCAAAGGAAACCGUCAAAUCCAUUUAAAUUUGUUCUUUACUUGUGCUUGUGCUGUGAUGAUCCGCACAUGAUUUGCGUUCCUGUGUUCUUUGUAGAACCUUCGAAUACAAUUCUGCCUUGAAGAGCGAGUUUAGUGCAGUAUAAAACAUUGUCGUUACAUUAAAACGAAGAUGAACAGAACAAAAUCGAGAAAUGGGAAAGCCGCGAAAGCAACAAAGACAGCUAGCAGCAUCAAAAACUCAGCUACCCAGACUGUGGAUUCUAAUAUACUCACAGAGAUCACCAAGCUGCAGAAACAAGUGGAAUGUUUGCAGCUUGAAAAUGAUUUUCUUAAGAAACAAAUAUCAGCUUCUGCAAGAACUAAUAAUCCUGUGGAUGUGUUACCUCUUAAUAAAACACAGGAGAUGCCUAAAUUUAAUAUUAAAGCAAGUGUUUGCGGAUGUAAAGGAGAUUGUUCAUCAAAAAGAUGUAGAUGUAUGAAAGAAAGUAACAAAUGCACAGCGUUAUGCAGAUGUAGCAAUGAAAUCUGCCAAAAUCAGGAAAUAAAAGAUCAAGAUGAAGAGUCAGAUACAACAGAUAAAGAAAAUAUUUCUAAUAUGGCAACUCCAAAGAAGGAACUGACUCAGAAUAAAGUUUCAAUAAAAACAAAAGACAAUUUAAUAAGUGACAAAAUUAUAUGUGGUACAGAACAUAUGCAUAAGGAACAGUUUGAUCCAAUGAAACCAAGACAUCAGUUAUCACGAACACCUCCAAGAAAAAAUGAAUCUGUAGAUGAAAAGAUUCAUGUGGAUAACAGGAAUCUUUUAAAACCUCAGUUACCUCCAUCACCUCAAAUAAUAGCUUCAUCCUUCAACAUGAAAGAGAAUCAAGAUUUAGAAGAUUUCUCAAGUAUGGAGAAAGUAGUUGACUGGAUGCAACACACGGCACAACUGAUUCCUUGCAAAAAAUGCAAAAGAACUUUUAUGCCACAUAGAAUCCAGAAACACGAAGCCUGUUGUAAGAAAAUCUAAGCACAUUGAAUGUACUGAUAUUCUCAGUACAGUGCAAUCGUCAAGUUACAAGUAUCAUACUGCCUUUCUCCCAAAAUAAUCAAUUAGUAAACUUUAUUUCAUUGCAAAAUGGAUAUGGAAUUGUUAUUUUAUAUUGAAUAUGAUGUAUAUAAAUUGACACUUAUAAAGUAUUGCAAGAUUUAUUAAAGAAUAGCAACAAGAUUAUUUAACUCUCUCUCUGUGACUAUUUUUAACGCAAUUUAAUUUUUAAAUAUAUCUUAUUAUUAUAGUAAA